UUGAAUAUUAGGCAAAUAAAUAGAGAACUAGAAAUAGCAAAAAAUAUAUUAGAACAUAUGACCGUAUAGAUUCUCAAUCGGUGACCCAACAUGAAUAAUUACAUGAUAUUCGGAUAUUUAGGCGUUAUUACUUAUUAUUUUUAAUGAAAUAUGCUUAUUUAAAUAAUGAUAAUAAAGUACAAAAGAGUCCCAGUCUGAACGCCGUCUAUGCUGCUACUGUGUUAGAUCUGGCAACUUUUAAUAUGUCCACGUGUUUAUUAAGAGAAUUAUGCAUGGAAUUAUGAUUCUAAUCAACUGUGGCAAUGGCGUUGAAAAGAUUGAAAACUAAAAAGUCUAAACGACUUUCUGGACGACUAAAACAUAAAAUUGAAAAGAAAGUGCGAGAACACAAUAGAAAAAUUCGGCGAGAAACAAAAAAAAAUCUUAAAUCAGGACGCAAAAAACAAAAAAUUAUACAAAUACCUAAUAUAUGCCCUUUUAAAGAAGAUAUCUUAAAAGAAGUAGAAGAAUCUAAAAAACGUCUUGUUGAGGAGAAAAUACGACGUCGUAAAGCCUUUGAACACCAAAAGAAGGAAAAUAAAUUCAAAUACCUUGAAGACUUGGUUCAGGAUGCGACUACUCGUGGUGAAGUUCAUAUAUCUACUCAAGUGGACAAUAUCGGUGCCGAGAAGGGGUAUAGUCCAGCUAUAAGCAAGGAACAAUCUCUUAAACAGUACUUCAAGGAAUUUAAGAAAGUAAUUCAGAACGCUGAUGUAGUUUUAGAAGUGGUAGAUGCACGUGAUCCUCUCGGGACUCGAUGCAAUGAAGUCGAAAGAGCUGUACGAUCUGCUUCAGGAAAUAAGCGCAUAGUAUUAAUAUUAAACAAAGCUGAUUUGGUACCACGCGAAAAUCUCAAUAAUUGGAUUCGGUAUUUUCGACGAUUUGGUCCAGUUACUGCUUUUAAAGCCUCAACCCAAGAUCAAACAUCUAAAUUAGGUCGGCGAAAAUUUAAUCAAAUUAAAACAGAUAAGGCUAUGCAAGGAUCUGUGUGUGUGGGAGCUGAGUUACUAAUGUCGAUGCUUGGAAAUUAUUGCCGCAAUAAAGGUAUUAAAACAUCAAUCCGCGUGGGUGUCGUAGGAAUACCAAACGUUGGAAAAAGUUCUAUAAUAAAUUCUUUGACCCGCGGCAAAACGUGUUCUGUUGGUUGCACCCCAGGUGUUACAAAAGUCAUGCAGGAAGUUGAACUUGAUACAAAAAUAAAACUUAUUGAUUGCCCAGGUAUUGUUUUUACAAAUCCAGGAAAAGAGAGUUCUGAAGGAGUUGUUUUAAAGAAUGUUCAACGUGUUGGCGACGUUAAAGAUCCUUUUACUAUUGCCGAAAAUGUGUUGAAGCGCGCCAGUAAACAGUACUUUUGUAAACUCUACGAUAUUUCCGAGUAUGACAGUUUUGAAGAAUUUUUUGCUAAAAAGGCCACUCGAAUGGGUAAAUUUUUAAGAAAAGGGGUGCCAGAUGUUGUUGCAGCUGCACGCAGUGUACUUAAUGAUUGGAAUAGUGGUAAAAUUAAAUAUUGUACUCAACCUCCUGUAACAGAGCAAAGAAAUGAUGUCCAUGUUAGUGCUGCCAUAGUUAACUCUGAUGCUCGCGAAUUUGAUGUUGAUAAUUUUGAAGCGAUGGAGACGGAAAUUCUCAACAAUUGUAUCGUAAAAAAUGAGGAAGUAUUGGAAGUCAUUUUAAGUGGACCUGUGAAAAUGAAAAUGUCCUUUGAUGAUGAAACGAAAAAGUCCACAUAUACCAUAGUGAAUGAAAGCCAAAUUUCUAAUAAAAAAAGAAAACUAAAAGAUGCAAGCGAUACAUCGACUGUGGAUCCCGUAAUGAAUUUAGAAGGUAAUCUGUCAUUGAAUAAAAAUAUGAAGGAACAAAUUAAGAAGAAAAAAAAACAGAAUGUACGGAACGAAAAAAAUAUUUCUCAACUAACCGAUGUUCUUGAUGGAUUCAGCUUGGAGACGAGUACCGAUUACGAAUAUGAUUUCAACAAAGACUACAUAAUUGAAUAAACCAAAUAAAUGUUUUAUAAUAUUGAGAUACGAUUAGGAGUAGAACAUGUGGCUACAAACAAUAACAACUAAAGUUGAUUUUGGGAAAAUUUCGAUAAUCCUUCAAUCAUAUGCUUGCUUUUAAAUUCUUAUAUGUUUGUACUUUCAAUUUUAAAUUGGCGUCAAUACAUUUAAAAUUUUCUUAUGUCGGUUAAUUAUGUGGCUUGAGUUUGAGCUUAAUCCAACUUAAGCAGUUAUCCACAGAAAUAUUGUAUCUGUAAAUAUAUAUCAAUAAUGUUUUUGUUAAUAUGCUUUUUAUGUUGAAAAUAUAUUAAAUAGAAAAUUUU